AUGUCGGACGGCCCUGCUAUCCGUCUCUGGCUUAACGACGUAUCAGACGGUCCGCCAGAGAGCCAUGUCGCGAUUGACCCAAGCGAAGCAACAUCGCGUAAGCGAAAGCUAUCUCAACAGCCCAGCUCGUCAGUAUCAACAGAGGAAUACAAUGAAAAUAUGUCUGCUAUAUCAAAAAAGCGAAAGAUUGACAAUACCUUUCUCACUUUCCGAGCCGAGGAUAUGAGGACAGGAACCACGUACAACCCACCAUCCAGACCCUCUCUGGAGUCCUCUGAACUUUCUGAAGACACCACCACCAAGACGAUGUCAGAGACAUCUACUUUUUGGGGGGAGAUGAGGAGACUUCCUGCAGACGAUGCAGGUCUCGAAUAUCAGGAGCUUAACAUCGAUGCACCUCCACCUGUGGCUGCCAGCUUAGUCCAGCUCUUUGGAGAAAUCAGUAAAGGCAUUGGAAUCCUGCCAUAUGAGUCCAAAGAAGAUCUAACCAACUAUAUUCAACAAAAGAGCUUGAGCCUUCAGCCAUGGACAAUGGCCUUUCUGGAAAAGGGUGAUGAGUCCAACACCGCUCUCCCUGGCUCUGUCCCGACGUGGGAUGAUCUGUUUAUUCUGUGUUUGCGCGCGAGAGACUGCUCCAUCGAAGGCCACGAUGGGACCAGUUGGAAAAUCGAGGUCCAUUAUGAACUUCUUAAAAAGAUCUUUCGAGCAUUGGGGGCAGACCAUGACGACUCCUUGGACUUUAUGUCAUGGUAA